ACAAUCAGAGAAUGACCAUCGGCUGCUUCGAUCCGACGAUCCCAUCCGUGACUCGAAGCGCAGCGGCCAGCACCUUCCAGCGUCUGAGUGUCACAGUGCCGGAAAAAGCAGGACAGGCAGCAGCUCAACGCAUCCGCAUGGCCAUGCUGUGCAAGUCCCUGAAAAUUUGUUCCGAGGGAAGCACUGAGGGCGCUGGCUUGGUCGUGUAGAUCUCGAUUUCCGGUGCAAGCUAGACGCGAUGCGAGGGCUUUUUCUUUUUAUCGUUUCGAUUCGAAAACAAAGCUAGCUGGCGACACGACUUGCAUGCACCCGCAAUCCCCGCUCUUUCCGGCUCCACUCCUUCGUCCUCCUCGGAACCGCCCCUCCCGCUCCCACUCCCUCUCGCCUCGAUCUCCUCCCCACCCCACUCCACCAGGCGCACAAGUCACGCCAAUAAAAACCUCUCUUCAUGCGCCCACUUCCUGCUUGACCAGAGAUCACUCGUACACACGCGCGUGCUCUGCUCUGCUCCGCCGUACGUCCAUCGAUCCAUCGACCGGUCCGGCCACGUCAAUGGCGGACGCGGCCGGGAAGGCGCAGGCGGCCCGGGACGUGUGCGCGGCGUCGGCGGCCUUCGCGUCCUGCCCGCACCGCCGCCGCUCCCCGCGCCGCGCGCACUUCGUCGACUGGUACCUCGUCCUCGCCAUUGGCGAGGCCGCGUCGGAGGACGCCAUCAAGCGGCGCUACCGGCACCUCGCUCUGCAGCUGCACCCGGACAAGAACAGGCAUCCCAAGGCGGAGGUCGCCUUCAAGCUUGUCUCCGAGGCGCACGCGUGCCUGACGGACAAGGCGCGCCGGCGGGCCUUCGACGCCGAGCGGGCCACGGCCUUCUGCGCCGCGUGCCACGACCGUGCGAGGGCCGCCACCACGCCCUGCGCCCCCACCCGGCGCCGCGCCAGCGACAGGAGGACGCCGGCGUCGUCCGAGGCAGCGUCCGCACAGCAGCAGCACAACAAGGCCCGUGGCUCCGUCGCAAAGCAGCAGGGCGGCGGCAGGAGGAGGCCGCCCUCACCGACGACGCAGGCGCUGCGGGAGGUGCAGAACCGGCUGCGGGACGAGUGCAGGGUCAUCGACGGCUGCCUGCGAGCCAACGCUGCCGGCGCGCGCAGGCGCCAGUCCUUCCCGCUCUUCGACCCGUCCGACCGGCAGCGCUUCCCGGACUACCCGCACGCCCGGCCCCCGCCGUCGUUCGCCGAGUGCCGGCCGUUCGAGGAGGAGGAGGAGCUCGGCGCGGGCCACGGCCACCAGAGCUGGUGCACAAACGGCAGCUGCGAGUCGCCGGUGUACCAGGUCAGGACCGCGCCGGAGCGCGCCGCGAGGACGAACCGCCCUUGGUGAUAUAUGAUAUGCUCACAGGCUCACAGCAGAGCGCACCAAUUAACUCGCUCUUUUCCCUCUCA